CCGGCACGCGCCACUACCCCUCAAACGUACCGGCUCAGCCCACUCGUCCGCGUCCCCGCGCGACGCGCAUCCGGUCCCUCGCGAGGUUCGAUUGCGAUCCCCCAACCGGCGCACACGUCACCCGAGAUGUCCGCCGCUGCUCUCUCCUCGCGCUCGCUCGCGCCGCGCGCGCUGAACCCCCGCGCGGUGCGCCGCGGCGACACCGCGCGUCCCGUUCGCGUCGUGACGGCAUCCUCCGAGGGCGGUGAGGACAAACUCCCGGAGGUCUUCACCGCGUCCAUGCUCCAGAACGUUCGCCAAAAGGUCAAGGGAUUUGAGACCACCAUGGCCGUGUCCAAGCUCCCGACCGAGGAGGAGCUCGCGAACGGGCGCAAGCCCAAGGCAGGCGACCUGGUCAGCAUCGUGUUUAGCGCGCAGACCGAGGAAGGGGAGCUGCUGCAGGCGAUGGACGACAUGGAGGAGCCCAUCACGUUCGAGGUUGGCGGCGCGGCGGCCAUGGGCAACCCGCUCUUUCUCGCCUUUGACAACGCGGUGCAGGGGAUGGUCGUGGGCGACCAGGCGCUGGUGAACGCGUCCGGCGGGGAGUACGACCCGAACCUGCUGUUCCGGGUGCCGAUGGUUCACCCCGAGGUGCAGCGUUUGCAGGAGGAGCUGGAUCAGCCCGGGAAGGGCGGACUUCACCCCGGCGCCACCGUGGCGCUGAGCAACGGCAACGCGGCGGUGAUCCGCGAGGUGAACGAGGAGAGCGACGAUCCGUUCGUGAUCAUCGACGCGAACCAUCCGUUCGCGGGCGCGGACCUGCAGUUCGCGGUGAAGCUCGUGAACAUCGAGGACAAGCCGGAGGACUCCGUCGACGAGGCGUGACGGAUCGCGUCGCCGAUAGACUUUGCAAUGAAACGCUGCUAUACUUGAGCACAGGCGACGUGGUUAGAUUUUAAAGAUAAUCACCAACAGCGUCCGUACGGGCAUUUAU